UGCGUUAGUAAUAAACGAGCAACGUCGCGAGCAAGAUGCAAUACUAUAAAACUGUGCUCGGCUUAGUGCUGUCCACCCUACUACUGCAGGGUGAAGCAGCACCGCUGCCUGCAGGCAUUGAGGAUCCCGAGGAGGCAGCUGGAUUCGUGGAGGGAGACAUGCUGCUCACAGUAGGACAGCAACUGGUAUUGGAACAAGGACCAAUGGGCCGCAAUGGUUUAAUAGAUACAACCAAACGCUGGCCCCAAAAUACGGUCGUUUACAAAAUAUCGGCAGACUUUGAUGACACGCAUCGGCAGGCGAUUCUAGAUGGUAUUCAGACGCUGGAGGAGAAGACUUGCGUGCGGUUCAGGGAGGCUAACGACGAGGAUGAUGGCUAUUUGAGCAUCACUGCCCAGCCUGGUGGCUGUUACACAGCCGUUGGUUAUUUGGGCACGCCGCAAGUUAUGAACCUAGAGAUAUAUCCGAUUGGUGAAGGAUGCUUCAGACCCGGCACUGUAUUGCACGAGUUCAUGCAUGCGCUUGGCUUCUACCAUCAACAGAGUUCGGCGAUACGAGACGAUUUCAUAGAGGUGAUCCAGGAGAACAUUGUCCCUGGCAAGGAAUUCAAUUUCAAGAAAUAUGCAGAGAGUGUUGUCACCGAUUUCGAUUUGGGUUACGACUAUAAUAGUUGCCUGCACUAUCGUCCUGGUGCCUUCUCCAUAAAUGGCGAGGAUACGAUUGUGCCGCUAGAUAAGACAGCUCAGAUCGGGCAGCGUAUCGGUCUCAGCGCGAAGGAUAUUGACAAGAUUAACAUUAUGUAUAAGUGCCCCUUAUUAAUUUGAGCAUCCGCAAGUGUCAAUCAACUUUGUAUUGCUGCCUAAGUAUUAGAUAAAUGUGAUAUUAUAUACCUUCCCCUGCCUAGCCUUCUCCAUAUUUUUUAGUCAUUUUAAUGCAUAUAUAUGUAUAUAUACAUCACAAAGUGUAUUGCGUAAAUUAAAGUUCAUGUUUUGUGAAAGACGA